AUGAGACUCAUCAGCUCUUUUGUCAUCGCCUGCAAUGCCGUCCUCGGAGCAUCCCAGCUGAUGGGCACUCCCUCAUACGAGUUCCUCUACACUGUCAACGCAACACUCGGCGAGCGCUGGCAAAUCGGCGACUAUCAUCAAGGAAGCCGCGUAGUCAUCCCCAUCACGGGCGGAACGUUCAAGGGCCCUCGCAUGUCAGGUACCGUGUCAAACCUCGGUGCCGACUGGGGGUUGACGGACACCAAGGGGAUCUUCUUUCCCGACACUCGAUACAACCUUAGAACGGAUGAUGGUGUCGAUAUCUAUAUCCAGACCCAGGGACCUACACAGCCUGAUGGACGAACUCUGCUGAGAGGCACGUUCCAGACGGGACACCCGGACUAUGACUGGUUGAACUACAUCCUUGCUGUUGGUGUUUUGCAGAGACCACCUGCUGAGUCCAAGGGCAAGUAUGUUGUCAUCGACAUGUGGCAGAUGGUCCUGCCUGACUGCAAUGGCGCAUGUUGA